AUGCCCCCCUCUCUCGCGCUGGCGCACUCCUCACUCCCGUUCCCUUCUGGCCGCGCGCUCCCCAUCCAGCUGCCCCGCCGCCUCGCCCACAAACACCCGUCCCUUUGCGCUUACGGUCUCCUCCACGGCGGCACGCUCCAGCGGCCGCUCCGCACGCCUCGACGCCUCGCCGUCUUCGCCAGGGCUUCGGCGUCCGCUGUGGUCCCGCCGCACGGAGAGGGAGGUGGUGGCACGGCGGCGGGGCGGAAGGGCACGGGGUACCGGAACCGGUUCCUGGACCUGGCGCGGCUGGGUGCGGUGGCGGAGGGCGCGGCGGAGGCCUUCUUCCGCAGCGAGAUCCGCCGGCGGCUGGUCUUCACUGCCGCGCUCAUCGUGCUCAGCCGCGUGGGCUACUUCAUCCCGCUCCCAGGGUUCGACCGCCGCCUCAUCCCAGACUCUUACCUCAGCUUCUCCCCGCUUCCUGCAGUUGACCUAGGCGAUUUCUCCUCAGAAUUGAAGCUUUCGUUUUUCCAGCUGGGGAUCAGCAUCAAAUUUCAGCAUCUAUUGUCAUGCAGAUGGUGGCUUUCUUUGUGUUUUGCAACUGUGGCUGCUUUUACUGUGUCAUGCUAUUCCCUGCAGUAUUCAGUAUAUGCUGCAAGUUACAGGGUUAAGCAUAUAAUUAUAACAAGUCUUUUGCUUGUUCUUGGUGCAAUGUCAAUGACAUGGAUUUGUGACACCAUAACAGAAUCUGGAUUUGGACAUGGUUCAUCUUUGAUUAUUUGUGUUGGAAUUUUGACUGGUUACACAGAUACACUACACAAGUUGAUAACUCAGUUUUCAGCCCUUGCUUACAACCUCAUACUUGCUAGCUUUUCCAAGCAUCAUGGCCAGUAUUUUUGCCUCGCCCUUCUAGGAAAACUUGAGGGAAAUUUUGAAUCCAAAGACUUCAACUGGUGGUAG